CGAUCGAUCCAACCACUACGACCACCGCCAUGCACCAGUUGCCUGCCAUUGUUCUCCUCCUCACCAUGCUUCCUGCAACUGAGGGCACUAUCCAUUCGGCCCAAGAGAUAUCUACAUGGACAACUGACAACCCUAUUACCAAAGGAACCGAUCGGCCAACUUUGCCUUUUCAACUGAUCAACGCCCCGGAAGGUUCGAAUUUAUGGAGUUCUAACGGGCAAGAGUUACGUGAUAAGCCUAUAGAUUUUUUUCCAAAUCCUGAGGGCGAUGCCGUGAUGGCAGUCAGCUCGGUUAGCUUACUCUCAUCAGAGGUUCAAGGCAAUGGAAAUCAGUCAAUCGGAAGUUCAAGGGGGCAGAAGCGGUUUCAUCCAGAAUCCAGCGCGCACAGCGUUUUACAAACGAAGGCAAGGGAAACUCUGAGGAUGAAUUCAAGACCCAGCAGGAUGUACCCGCAAAGAUACCAAGAACGGAAAAGCUCGGCGGAUCCUGUGGAAACUCGUACCGCACCGCAGGCUUCCAUGCACUUUGUCUCCCAUGAACCUGCAGCUCACCCGGUAAUCAAACUAUUAGGAGUUUUUAUGGCGCCUCACGUUCAACGCAUCUCCUUCGACAGCAAUGAUCUCGUCAAGAUUCCGGAGGCUCACCAGGCGGAUUCUUACUCAACAAUAAACGCUGGCAUGGAUUCGACUCCGAGGAACUACGAUUUUUUGUUGUUUUCCCAAACAACACUCGAUCCGAGUACCUCAUCCCCUACGAAGACUUCUCUGAAUCUUUCUAUCAACAAUGAAAGUCCCGCCAGAAUACUGGCGAAUCAAAUUGAAGAUACCGUUCAUCGGGAUUCACAAGAUCAGAUCAAAAUUCAACAUGAAUUGACCAAAAUCAGAUUCGAUAAGGAGCUUUUCAAAAAUCUUGAUUAUUUUCUAGACAUGUUUGAUCUCCUUUCGCAAAAAGAAGAAUUAGUCAUGAGCGAAAGGGAAUUCAUCGUUUAUCAUAUAGAGUUCAGUGAUAGACUCAAGGUUGCAAGAGAAAAUUUGGCAAAACAGUCCUUGGAAUCUGAUAAUUCUGAACUAGACCAAAAUCUUGGAAAAUCGGUUGAAAAAUUGUUGAGACAUCAAGAGCUUUGGCACAUGCAUUGGAAAAGACUAACGGAUUUUCAGUUUACGUCUUGUAUUCAAAAGAUUAAACAUUUCAAAUCUUUGAGGACAAGAAGUUGCUACCCAAGGAGCAACCACCAAUGGCCCAUUUAA